AUGCCCGACUCAGAACCCGAGGCCGGCCCAGACAAGGCACCGCCUAACCUUCCCAUAGGAUGGAUUGCCCAAUGGGACGGAAACUCUCGAAAGUACUACUUCGUCCAGAUCAGCACCGGAGUGUCAACAUGGGAAGUGCCUACCGAAGCAGCACCCACUGUGCCCUCCCCAGGAAAUACCCCAGCACAGCACCAGAACCCCUUCCCAGCCCCUCAUGAUGCUCAGGGACAAACGACACGUGGCAUAGACGGACAAGAAGGCGAGCGUGGACUUGGAGGCAUGGCCAUGAACAUGCUACUAAACUCGAACAAGCCCCAGCAACAGCAGCACUCCUCUGGUCUCGGUGGCCUGGCUGCACAAUUCCUCGGCGGCAAUUCACACUCAAACUCAGCUCAAGGCCAGAAUCAAAGUCACAACAACAGUGGCGCUGCAGGAUUGGUCGGCAAACUUGCUGGAAACUUCCUGGGAGGUGGAAACAAGCCACACGGACAACAGUCAAACAGCGGCAGUGGUCACAAUAGUGCUAUGGGUGGUCUCGGAGGCCUUCUUGGUGGUCAGCAGUCGAGCGGCAACCAUGGUAAUGCUGGAGGAAGCAGCCACGGCGGUGCCAUGGGUGCUCUUGGUGGAUUGCUAGGUGGCCACGGUUCCUCGCAAAACCAUCAGCAAGGCUACGGUUACUCGUCUGGAGGAUCGACCCAAGGAGGCACAUAUUCUGGACAGGCUCCCCCUUCGUCAUACAAUCCUUCAGCUUCUCAUCACUCUUCUCCAGCUCCAUACGGUCAGUCUGCAGGCUCAUACGGCGGCCCGAGCGGACAGACCACUGGCACAUACGGCACUCCCACCCAUAGCACUCCCGGACAACAACAUGGGCAAUAUCAGUCGUCGCACAACAGCGGGCCAUCAUCAAGCCAGUAUGGCGGUCAACCUUCACAUGCUUCUUCCGGUUAUCAAUACGAUCAAUACAGCCAGCACCAGCACAAUCAGUACGGCGGUGCACCAAACCACGGCCAACCUCAACACAACUCGCAGUAUACCGCCUACCAACCUGGUCAGGGCAGCAGCUAUGGGCCGCAGUCCGGCGGACAAGCAGCGCAUGGUGGGCCACCGCCAGGAGCAACACAUCAUAGUGGACCUCAUGGUGGACCUCAAUACGGGCAACAAUCUUAUGGUGGGCCACCUCAGGAGCAGCUUACGCAGCACCAGUACAAUCAAUAUGGUGGAGCGCACGAACAGUUGAGUCAGCACCAAGCAUCGCAGGGGAGCUAUGGAGGACAAGGCAACUAUGGAGGACCACCCCCUCCAGCAUGGCGAUAA